CCAUUUUUCGGCCGCCAGCUCCGAUGGACAAUUUGACUCCAGUGUCGAUCGGGUCUUCGGAGCGGAAGGAGGGGGUUCGGACCCAGGCCACUCAAUCGCCGCUUGUGCUUUGCCCUCCACUGCAACCGGAGAAAUAGUCAGCCACCCACCGCCACUGGCGAGGCAAGUGGGCGCGAGAACCCUGAAUCACUGACGUCUGAAGAUGAGCGUGGAGGUCAGACGAGGUCGAGAACGAGGAAUCCAGCAGGCCGGGCCAGUCAGCCUAGGUGCGCCGGCCAGCCAAGGCCAAUCAGCUUAUGUGCGUCGUGUGGAGGCUCAGAAGCGAGGAUGGAACCAGAAUGAUAUAUAAAACGGACUUUGUCCCAUUUUCCAGCUUAGUAGUCCGAUUGUCUCACCAAACUCAUUCUUGUCAACAUUCCGCUACUCAACAUGGUCAAGACAUUCUUCAUCACCGGUACCACUACCGGCUUUGGCGCAGAGAUGGCCAAGGCCGCUCUCGCAGAUGGCCACAACGUUGUUGCAACUGCACGUAACUCCAAAGGCCUCACUUUCGAGGGAGCUACAGAGAAGAACUUUUUGCCUGUAGACUUGGACGUGACGAAGAAGGAGCAGAUCGAUGCCGCCUUCGACGCUGCAAUCAAGAAGUUCGGACGCCUGGACGUGGUCACCAACAACGCUGGUUUUGGACUCGCCGGUCCCUUCGAGACGCUCGAUGAAGACCAGAUUCGCUUCCAAAUGGAAGUCAAUUUCUUCGGCCUCAUCGCCUGCACUCGCAAGGCCCUUGAGAUCAUGCGCACACAGUCUCCAUCCGGAGGUCUCAUUCAGCAAGUCACCUCCAUUGGUGGUCAGAGGGGUGUGCCAAUGUUCUCCGUCUACUGUGCAUCCAAGUGGGCGGUCGAAGGCUUCACCGAGGCCCUGUCCCAUGAGCUCAAGCCCGAAUGGAACAUCAAGCUAACCAACAUUGAGCCUGGAGGAUUCCGUACCGAAUGGGCAGGCAAGAACAUGACAUAUGGAGAGAAGAACCUCGACGUGUAUUCACAUUUGAAUGCAAAGAAAUCGAUGGGCGAAAGGCAUGGCAAGCAAGCAGGCGACCCGGUCAAGGCAGGCAAGGAGAUGUAUAAGCUUGCUAUCCACCCUGAACCACCUCUCCGCAUCGUCCUAGGCUCGGAUGCUCAUGGCGCUAUGGAGCAGAAGCUCAAGACGUACAAGGAGAAUAUCGACAAGUGGGCCAGCGUCAGCACAUCCACCGAUGUCGACGAGGGAAAGUAGAGAUUGUCUGAUGAAGGGACGGAAACCAAAGUCGAAGCAUGUACCAUUGUCAUAGCUGUGAUGAGAAGAUUUGCCUUGUCUUUGCGUCUCGCGAGAACGAAACAUUGUCUCUGACGGUACUGAAUGAGGCUUGUAUGCG